AUGUUGUCUGCAAGAAACUCCGCCAAAAAUGCGUUCAAGCGUUUCGUGCGCCACCAGUCUAACGGUGCCCCUGGCGGCCCUGUGAUUGGUAUUGACUUGGGUACCACCAACUCCGCUGUGGCCGUCAUGGAGGGCAAGAUCCCAAAGAUCAUUGAAAACUCCGAGGGUGGUAGAACCACUCCAUCCAUCGUCGCUUUCACCAAGGAGGGCGAGCGUUUGGUUGGUAUCCCUGCCAAGCGUCAGGCUGUUGUCAACCCAGAGAACACUCUCUUCGCUACCAAGAGAUUGAUUGGUAGAAGAUUCGAGGACGUUGAGGUCCAGAGAGACAUCAAGCAGGUGCCAUUCAAGAUCACCAAGCACCAGAACGGUGAUGCUUGGCUCGAGGCCCGUGGUACCCAGUACUCUCCUCAGCAGAUCGGUGGUUUCGUCUUGAACAAGAUGAAGGAGACCGCUGAGGCUUACUUGGGUAAGAGCGUUAAAAACGCCGUUGUCACCUGUCCUGCUUACUUUAACGAUGCCCAGAGACAGGCCACCAAGGACGCUGGUAAGAUUGUCGGCUUGAACGUCAUGAGAGUCGUCAACGAGCCAACCGCCGCCGCUUUGGCCUACGGUUUGGAGAAGAAGGACGGUGAGGUUGUUGCUGUCUUCGACUUGGGUGGUGGUACUUUCGAUAUCUCCAUCUUGGACAUUGGUGCCGGUGUUUUCGAGGUCAAGUCCACCAACGGUGACACUCACUUGGGUGGUGAGGACUUCGACAUUGCUAUCGUCAGAAACAUUGUUGAGACCUUCAAGAAGGACUCCGGUAUUGACUUGGAGUCUGACAGAAUGGCCAUCCAGAGAAUCAGAGAGGCUGCUGAGAAGGCUAAGAUUGAGUUGUCUUCCACCGUCUCCACCGAGAUCAACUUGCCAUUUAUCACUGCUGACGCCUCUGGCCCUAAGCACAUCAACCAGAAGAUCACCAGAUCUCAGUUCGAGUCUCUUGUCGAGCCAUUGGUCAAGAAGACCGUUGAGCCAUGUAAGAAGGCCUUGAAGGACGCUGGUUUGUCCACUUCCGACGUUUCCGAGGUCAUCUUGGUCGGUGGUAUGUCUAGAAUGCCAAAGGUCAUGGAGACUGUUAAGUCCAUCUUCGGCAAGGACCCAUCUAAGGCUGUCAACCCUGACGAGGCCGUUGCUAUGGGUGCUGCUAUCCAGGGUGGUAUCUUGGCCGGUGAGGUCAAGGAUGUCGUCCUUUUGGAUGUCACCCCAUUGUCCUUGGGUAUCGAGACCAUGGGUGGUGUCUUCGCUAGAUUGAUCUCUAGAAACACCACUAUCCCAGCCAAGAAGUCCCAGAUCUUCUCCACUGCCUCUGCUGGUCAGACCUCCGUCGAGAUCAGAGUGUUCCAGGGUGAGAGAGAGUUGACCAGAGACAACAAGUUGAUUGGUAACUUCACUUUGUCUGGUAUCCCACCAGCUCCAAAGGGCGUUCCUCAGAUUGAGGUCACCUUCGACAUUGACACUGAUGGUAUCAUCAAGGUCUCUGCUCGUGACAAGGCCACCAACAAGGACGCCUCUAUCACCGUCGCCGGCUCUUCUGGUUUGUCUGACUCUGAGAUUGAGAAGAUGGUCCAGGAUGCUGAGAAGUUCGCUGAGUCUGACAAGGCCAAGAGAGAGUCCAUCGAGUCUGCCAACAGAGCCGAUCAGUUGUGUAACGACACCGAGAACUCUUUGAACGAGUUCAAGGAGAAGAUUGACGCUGCUGACGCUGACAAGAUCAAGGAGCAGAUUGCUUCCUUGAGAGAGAUUGCUGUCAAGGCCCAGUCUGGUGAGGAGGUUGACCCAACCGAGUUGAAGAACAAGACCGAGGAGUUGCAGAACGAGUCUUUGAAGGUUUUCGAGAAGUUGUACAAGAACAACAACGAGAACAACGAGGGCAACAACGGCAACGAGUCUUCCGAGCAGAAAUAA